UUGCGUCAUGCAUUGAAUUGAAUGUUUUGGAAUACAAUUUAACAUCGUAGUGUUUUGAUAAAUUUACUUAUUUUUUUGGAAAUCUAACCUGUUUCAAUUUUACAAACUGUAAAUUUGCUGAGGCGUUUUCUACCUACUUAUUGCUUGUGAAUUCUUAAAGGUACUUGGAGAAAAUGUCAAUAUUCACACCAACAAAUCAAAUAAGAUUAACUAAUGUGGCCGUCGUACGCAUGAAGAAAGGAGGGAAAAGAUUUGAAAUCGCAUGUUAUAAAAAUAAAGUCAUGUCAUGGAGAAAUAAAGUAGAAAAAGAUAUUGAUGAAGUACUUCAAACGCAUGUUGUUUUCACUAAUGUUUCCAAAGGGCAAGCAGCAAAAAAGGAAGAUCUCAUUAAAUGCUUUGGAACAGAUAACCAGACACAAAUUUGUGAAGAGAUUUUAUCCAAAGGUGAACUUCAAAUAUCUGAAAAAGAGAGGCAAGUUCUUUUAGAAUCUACUUUUAAGGACAUCGCAACCAUUGUUGCUGAUAAAUGCAUCAAUCCAGACACAAAGAGACCAUAUCCUAUGAGUAUUAUUGAGAAAUCAAUGAAAGAAUGUCACAUAUCUGUGAAACCAAAUAAAAAUUCAAAACAACAGGCAUUGGAAGUUAUAAAGAAACUACAAGAAGUAAUGCCAAUUGCUCGAUCACAGAUGAAAUUGAGGGUUUCUAUACCUGGAGGAAAAGCAUACAGGAACAAACUGAAAGAACUUGCCGCCUCAGUUGAAUCACAAAAUAUGGAUGAAGGAAAUUUACAAAUGGUUUUCCUUAUUGAUCCUGGAAACUUCAGAAAAGUUGAUGAAAUAGUGACCAAUGAGACAAAAGGCAAAGGACAGCUCGAAGUGAUAAGUUUAAAAGAUAUUCAGGAAGGAGAUGAAGCUUUGGAAUAAAUUUGAGAGUACGUUUGGUUUUUAUUCAAAGAAUUUAUGUAUUUAUUGCUUAAUAUAUGUGAUGUUCAAUUUAUUAAUAAAAGUUUAAAAAGUUUUGUAUUAA